CCGCAUUCAUAUACACUCUCACAUCCCACCUUGCGAACUCGGCCACACAAAAUGUCGGCGUCUUCUGGUACCGGCACUGCUCAACCGCCCACGUCUGCCAGAGAAAGGGCUCUUGCCAUCAAAAAAAGCCAAGAAGACGCACUUUCUCGACUACCGUUGAACACACUUUUCAUUGUUCUUUAUAUACGAUCAGACCCUCCUCGACUGAACGACUUUCACUGGGGUUAUUACUUCCAUGAUACCGCUCAGGGCGGAUGGAAGUACCAUAUGAGAAACCUGGGUAGUGGAUGGAUACCGGAUCACGGCCAGACUGGUGGUGUAUUCAAGUCCAAUUUCCUCUGCACCCUUGUUGAGAUAGCAAGUGUCCCAGUGGCCAAGCAAGAACAGCUCCACCAGAUUAUGAGGUCCCGCGACGGAGACGUCAAUUCUAUUCCCGGCGUCACAUGCCGCGUGUGGCUGAUGGUGAUCUUGGAGUCACUGAUUCAAGCCGGGAUAGUCCGUUGCAACAAUGCUGAAGCAUUGCAGCAGGAGUGCAUAUCUUUUGGGAACCGAUAUAGCGCCGAUGCUGCAAAGAACAGUCAGCCGCGGCCCGUCGUCAGGUCACAGGUGUCCCUUUGAGGCCGAGCCUGUCGUAGAGGCCUUCAGGAUGAUUACGUGGGACUGCUAUUGUUUUGCUCACUUUAUUGUCUGCCGUGCUUAAUCUACACUCCCUCUCCACUUGUUGGGUAUGUUUCAUGUUUGUGUGGUGAUGUGUCGAACUCUCCCUAUUGCUCUUGGGUUCUCCCAACGAUCUUUCGUUUUCAUUGCUUCAAUUUCUCUCGAUUCAUUCGUGGUCCAACCAUACACAUAUUUCGCUCCUUUCAUUCGUGGUUCAACAUAUGUGUUCUGGCAUAUGGUUCUGCCAUCUCAGUAUAAUUAGCUAGUGUGAUAAGAACCACAACGAUCAUUGG